AUGUCAGAGGACUGGAGAGAUGGCAGCUUUCAAUGUUUGCAUCUGGAUUGGUAUUGUUUGCUCAGGGAGGAGGUCAAGCGAAGCGAUCGAGAUUCAAUUUCCUUUGUCUCAAGAUAUUUGAUGAGAACUGCUGCCCAAACAAUGCGUAUUAAGAGGGCUGUUGCGAAUUUGGGACCUAGGCAUAAGCUCCAACAGAAUCGUGCAACCGUCCCUCUUCCACAACUAUACGGAUUUGGGCCAUCCAUGGGCCAAACUGUAUACGCCACUUUGGUGUCUUUCAAGCGAGAUCUUUUGUUUAAAUCCCUAGUCCACAAUUCUUGA